ACAGGACACCCUUCAGUCUGUGAUAGGCUUGGAGAGAAGACACACAUAUAUAGCACAUUAAGCUAAUAUCUCUCAUGCAAAGGACUUGGAUUUUCAGUGUAUAAAUGUUAUGCUAGGAGAUGAUACAAUUUGCCAAUAAACAUUUAAAAAAUGGGCAGAAGGAAGCAGGGGGUUCCCAAAAGAACUGACAAUCUUGGAGAUCCAAGUGUGGAGAGAAAUGAAGGAGUUGGGCAGGUUGAAUCUGACGGAAGUGAGAGUAAUGAUGAACCUGAAGUUCCAAUGCUAGCGUCUGAAUCUCUAGAUCAACCUUGUAGUAGGAGUUCUCCCUCCAGUCCUGCACCUGAGAACAGCAACAUGUCCUCGCUACCGAUUGAUAUUAUGAAAAACCCUUUUUUGCUUCCAGCUCAUCUGCUUGCUCUGAACCCAGGUCUAUAUGCUGCUCAGUUUGCACAGCUCCAAGCUGCUCAACUGCUCAUAUCCAAACAAAACUCUGAGGAUUCCCGGGACGGGUCGGAUCGAAAACGCUCCGCCGGAGAUGAUUCUCCUCUAGAUCUAGGCUCUAGGUCUAAAUAUCCUAGGUCCAGCUCUCCUUGUGACAAGGAGAGGAGUGGAGAGAGUCCCCUGGAUCUCUCCGGAAACAAGAGUCCUGAGUUAAAGCAAGAAAACUCCUUUAAUCCUAUGUUACCUUCUAAUAUUUUAUCUUUCUUUAAUCAACUAAAGCCACCUGUAGCAGGUUCAGAGUUUUCAACUCUACUCAGUUUAGCAGCAAACAAUAAAUCCAAUCCUAGCUCCUCUCCUCCCCGUUCUAACCCCUGGCAGUCACAGUGGAUCAACAAAACUAAAGACGGAGGUAAAAUAUGUGAUGUAUUUAAGUGUGUGUGGUGCAAGGAGAGUUAUCAAACCCUUGAGGACCUCACCACUCAUAUGAAAGAUGCCAAACACCAUGCUAUGCCAUAUCCUAUGCAUAGUUCAGCCUCAAUGCUCUCUAUGCCCCCCUCGGUAUCCUCUCCGUCUAGAUCUAUGUCGAGUCCAGUUUCUACUAUGUCGACCUCUCCUAAACCUAGUCCAGGAGGACGGGAUAUACUAAAGGAACAGCUCCCCCUGCCUCGUAAGCUAGUUCGAGGACAAGAUAUAUGGAUAGGGAAGGCGGAUCAACAAACCCGAGAUAUUCUCAAGUGUAUGGGAUGCGGACAGAGCUUUAGAAGUUUAGAUCUUCUGACAAAGCAUAUGCAGGAGACGCAACAUUAUAAGAAAGUUAUAUCUCACGACCAACUCUCAGCUUGGAAAUAUCCUGAAGCUCAGCACACAUCAAAGAGUCACAUUAACUCUGUGUUGACCUGUAAGGUUUGUGAGAAAGGUUUUGGAACUUUAAAGGAUUUAAGUGAACACAUGAUCAAGGCUAAUCAUUAUACUGGAGAAUCUCGUGGGGCCCGUCCGUCCCUGCCCUCCCCUGCUGCUCUUGCAAGGGAGCGGAAAAAAGCUCUUCCUGUAAAGAAGCUUCUUGAACUGGAGCGUGCUCGACAUGAGAUUGUCGGGGGUGUCCAGGGUUCCAAGGCAGCUGCAGCAAGUGCUCGAGACAUCAUGGAGAGUGGUAAACUGCUCUGUGAGAGAUGUGAAGAUAGAAUACCCUUGGAUCUAUUCAUCUCCCACAUCCAGCAGUGUGUUGGCAGGAAUAUCUCGGUUCCAAUCCCUCCCAUCAAAACUGAAGAUUUGUCUUAUGAAGGUUCGGACAGAAGCUCCGACUCCGAUCAGAAGAAGGAUUCGCACUCCUCCAUCCUAGGAUCCUUGGAACAAAUGGUAAAAGGAAAUUUCCAAGCGUCCAUGGGACGCAAAUUCACAGUUCCUAGUCCUCCUUCCUCUCUACACUCAUUGUACAACCCGGUGAACUCCUUAACAAAGUUCAGUGUAUCAAACAUGAUACCUAGAGAUAGCUCCAUAUCUCCAGGAUCUAGUAGCAGUGUCUCCAGUAAACCCUCUUCUCCCCAUCCUCCUCCCUCCUCUCAGAAACCCUCAUCUCCUCCUCCUUCUCUAUCCAAUAAACCAUCCUCCCCGCCCUCCCUGGAGAAAUCAACUGAGUCUCCUGAUGGCCAAACAAAUGGAAAAAUCAAGCAGGAAAUAGAUAGCAACAAUCAAACUGAUGGUAGCGCUGCCUCUCCUUCUCCAUCUCUCAUUAGUUCUCCUACUCCACAGGAUAUCAAUGAGAAUCCUGUGAGACAGAGAAUAGAAUCUCCCGACCUGACCAAACUUGAUAUUAAACCAGAGAGAUCUCAACAUCUUCAAGAGGAAGAGGAAGAGAAGAAAUCCUCGAACCCUCUAGCUGCUCUUCAGCUCCUCUGUGAUACCCAGAGAAAGUCUCCAAAGAACCCGAGAAUAUCCGAACCAAGUCAGAUCUCUGAUCCCGGAGCAAUGAUGGCAUUCUCCUGGGCGUGUAACCAAGCAGUCUCUAACGACUCUGUCAUCAAAUGUCCUUUUUGUGAUACACCCUUUAUCUCUAGAGGUGCGUACCGACAUCAUCUCUCCAAGAUGCACUUUACUAAGGAGCCCGGAGUAGUUGGUUUCCCUGGAGCUAGAUCUCCCUCCCCUGAUACCAAAGACGAUCUAAACAUUCAAUCCAAGUACGCUAAAUAUGCUCAGCUCGCCAAACAAUUGUCUUGCAAUCAAAAAUAAAUUUUCCAAACUCCGGUUCUCAAGAUAGAAAAUAAUUAGACUCUAUGAAGAAUUCAUAUUUUUAUUGUGAUCCAUCCUCUCUCAAGCUUCUGUCAGCUGUCUAUCUAUCUAUCUAUCUCUCACUCUCUUGCGAUCCAAAGUGAAUCAGCUUUUAAGCUUAAUUUAGUAUUCUUUAUAUUAUAUAUUUGUUAAAGUGUUUAAACUCAUGAAAAACAAUGCAUUCCAUAUUCGAGUUCUAUGUAUUGCUAUGUCUCCUAAAAAAUAAAAGUUUGUUAUCCUG